CGUAAAAAAAAAAGAAAAACCAGAGGAUGGAUAAUAUCUAGUAUUUUAAGAAAGUUAUAUGGCUCUUGAAGAAAUUGCUAAAAAUCUGAGGAAUAAUAUACCAAAAAUAUAUUUAAAACAAAUCGACUUAAGUAUCACUUCAAGUUCUAUGGAAAGUAAUGAAGAUAUUGAUGCUAAUUUGUUAAGAAAUAUAGAAAAAAGCAAUCAACCAAAUAUUUCUGAAAUAUCUCUAGAAAAAAGUAAUCAACAAGAUAUUCAACUAAGUAUUUCUGAAAUAUCUCCAGAAAAAAGUAAUCAAGAUAUUCAACCAAAUAUUUCUGAAAUAUCUCUAGAAAAAAGUAAUCAACAAGAUAUUCAACUAAGUAUUUCUGAAAUAUCUCCAGAAAAAAGUAAUCAAGAUAUUCAACCAAAUAUUUCUGAAAUAUCUCCAGAAAAAAGUAAUCAUCAAGAUAUUCAACCAAAUAUUUCUGAAAUAUCUCCAGAAAAAAAUAAUCAACAAGGUAUGCGUUUUGAUUCAUGUUUAUAUAAACUUAUUUCUUCAUAAAAAUAACAUGC